AUGAUUAUCAAUAAGUUUGCUUCUCCUGAUCCUUUUGUUUAUCCCAAGGUUGCAUCCUGGAAAGUUGAUAAAAACUACUACUCAUGGGACAAGGUCAAAUGCAAUAAGGUUACUAGUCAUUUGGUUGAGCUUGACCUCACUAAUAGUUGCCUCUAUGGUUCUAUCAACUCUAGCAGUAGUCUUUUCCACCUUGUCCACCUUACAAGGCUUAGCUUGGCAAAUAAUGACUUCAAUGGCUCCAAAAUCCCUUCAAUAAUCAAGAACUUUUUUAGGUUAUCAUAUUUGAACCUACAUAAUUCUAAUUUUUUUGGUCAAAUACCAUCAGAAGUCCUAGAGCUCUCAAAGUUGGAGACCCUUGACAUAAUGUAUAAUUUUAACUUGAAGCUCCACAAGCCAAGUCUAAGAAGCCUACUUGAGAAAUUAACUCAGUUCAAAGUCCUAUAUCUUGCUUAUGUCAACAUUUCUUCACUGAUACUUGAUAUCUUGGCAAAUUUAUCUUCAUUGAUUGAGUUAUCUCUCAAGGGGUGUCAUUUACAAGGUGAGUUCCCUGCGAAGACAUUCCAAUUACCUAACCUUUGCAUGCUUAAUGUGCGUUUUAAUCUAGAUCUCUCUGGAUCCUUGCUAGAAUUUCAAAACAAUAGCCCCUUUGAAGAAUUAAGAGUUGCAAACACAUCAUUUUUUGGUGAGAUUCCGCAUUCAAUAGGGAAUCUUAAUUCCUUACAGAUCUUGGAUAUAAGUUCUUGUAGUUUUUGGGGAUCAAUUCCGACUUCACUUGGUAAUCUUACCAAGAUCAAUCAUCUUUACUUAAAUGAUAAUCAAUUUUCAGGUAAGUUGCCAGCUAUCCUCGGAAAUCUUUCUUCUUUGGAGGAACUAGAACUUUCUUUGAACAAUUUUUCAAGCCAAGAUUGUCGUUCAUUGUCAUGGAUGGGCAAGUAUAGUGAGCUUACUUCUUUACACCUUUCAAGGAUCAACUUAGCUGCUGCCUUCGAAAAUCUAUCUUCUUUGAAAGAACUAGACAUUUCUUGGAACAAUUUUGAAAGGUAUGAUUUUCGUUCAUUGUCAUGGAUGGCCAAGUCUAGUGAACUUACUUUUUUAAGCCUUGCAGAGACCAACUUAGUUGGUGAAAUUCCUUCUUGGCUCAUGAGCCUAACAAGUCUUACUCACUUAUAUUUGAGCGAAAAUGAAUUAACUGGUACAAUCCCUUCUCAGAUUAGAAAUCUGACGCAACUGAAUCUUCUUGCACUUAACUCAAAUAAAUUGCAAGGCUCAUUUCCUAGCGCUCUAUAUCACCUCGAGAACCUUAAUUUGCUUUACCUUGAUACAAAUAAUAUGAGUGGCAUAGUGGAUUUGGACAUGAUUGCUUCUAAACUGAUAAAUUUAGAAUAUUUGAGUCUCUCUUCAAACAAUUUUUCAUUGCUCAUUAAUGCCAAUGGUCAUACUGAAUUUCUGAAACUUAAACGUCUUUUUUUGGCGUCUUGCAACCUUAAUAAGUUCCCAAGCUUCUUGCGAAACCAAGAUCAAUUGGCAGACUUAGACCUUUCCUCAAACAACAUUGCUGGCAAAAUACCAAGAUGGUUUUUAAACGUAAGUGUAGAUUCAUUGCUAAACUUGAACCUUACCAACAAUCUUUUAACUGGCUUUGACUGA